UAAUAGCUUUGUCAUGUGAUAGAAAGCAGUUGUAAGAAGACAGGUGCCCUCGGUUCAUUCUCGGAGAGGGGAGCUGCAGUUUUGCCUCGCCAGUGGGGAACUAAAGCGUGCGUGGAUUUGUCUCUCUCUUUUUUUUUUCUUUUUUUUUUUUUUUUUACUUGAAUCCUUUUUUAUUUUUUGGUGUCAUUUUACGCGUGUUGUUUGCAGCGUGUGCACGGAGGUUGGAUUUUUUUGUUGUUGUUGUCCUUUUUCCGAAGCGUCAUUCAGUAGCUGGAUGGCGUGGGACAGGUGUAACCAGCAGGACUCGGUGUGGAGAGAAUUAGAGUGUGCUGCCUUGGUUGGCGAAGACCAGCCCCUCUGCCCGGACUUACCCGAACUUGACCUCUCCGAGCUGGACGUCAGCGACCUGGACGCUGAUGGCUUCCUGGGCGGCCUCAAGUGGUACAGCGACCAAUCGGAGAUCAUUUCCGCUCAGUAUGGCAACGAGGCCUCCAAUCUUUUUGAGAAGAUAGAUGAAGAAAAUGAGGCCAACUUGCUGGCAGUGCUUACAGAGACCCUGGACAGCAUCCCGGUGGAUGAGGACGGCCUGCCUUCAUUCGAGGCUCUGGCAGACGGGGACGUGACCAAUGCCAGUGACCAGAGCUGUCCCUCCUCCCCGGAAGACCUGCCCGCUACUCCAGAGGAGCCCGAGGAACCCUCUCUGCUGAAGAAGCUCCUCUUGGCGCCCGCCAACACCCAGCUGGGCUACAAUCAAUACACAGGUAGCAAGGCGCAGAACCAUGCAGCCGGCAGCAACAACAACCACCGCAUCAGACCACCACCUGCCGUCGUCAAGACAGAGAGCCACUGGAGCAGCAAAACGAGGGGGGUCUCCGGCCAGCAGAGUCGCUCUUUGAGGCGGCCUUGCACCGAGCUGUUAAAGUACUUAACAGCCACCGACGACAUCCUCCUCCACACUAAAGCCAGCGACGUAAAGGGCGGCCACUGUGCCUCCUCUUCGUCCUCCUCGCCAUCCUCGUCGUCCACCUCCUCAUUCUCCUCACUUUCCUCCGUUUCCUCCUCCUCGUCCUCCAAGAAGAAGUCCGCCGUGCCAGCUCAGCAGCAUCAGCAGCAUCCGCCGCAGCGAGCCAAACCAACCACCUUGCCACUUCCUUUGACCCCAGAGUCUCCAAAUGACCACAAGAGAUCUUCAUCGUUUGAGAACAAAACCAUUGAGUGCACAUUAGGUGUGGCGAUUGCUGGAACCCCAGGUCUGACACCACCUACCACACCCCCAUACAAAGACAGUCCAGAGAAUCUUUUCAAAGCAUCGCUCAAAACCAAGUUGUCCUCAUGUGUCUCCUCAGCUUCGGCGUACAAAAAAGCAAGGCUGGGCGAGUCAGGCCCGGGUGCCGUGGCCCCCAGCGCCUCAGGUGGUGGCAUUGCCAGGAAGGGUCCUGAACAGACUGAGCUGUACGCCCAGCUGAGCAAAGCGUCCACCGUCCUCCCUUACUCUGCCACACAGCAGCGAGUGGCAGGGAGCGGACCGGAAGAGCGUCGCUGCAGUGCUGGUGGAAACAAGCCAGGUUCCUCCCGAGGGUACAGCGACCAUGACUAUUGCCAGGCGUCGGCUAGUGUUAAGAAGGACGGUACCACGGCCCCCUGCGCCCCCACAGAGGCUCAGACCCGGUGUUGCCCGGCUGCUCCUGGGCUUAUAGGUGAUUUUGGAUUUAAGGACACCACGCCACACUCUUCAUCUACUGGUUCUUCUAGUUUGGUCUCCACUGCUGUAGAAAAUGAAGUAUUAAGGAAGGAAUCGCCGACCCCGACCUCUCAGUGCCAGGACCCCUCAUAUGCCGUCAACCGGAAGUUUCUGUAUGACCUGGAGAUCCGAGCAGAACUCAACAAGCACUUUGGGCUCCCCUUGAAAGCCCUGUCCAGUGCCGGUGAAGCAGAGACGGCUGCGUCCCCGCAGUCUAUUGAGGAUGGCGAUUCCCAUAGGCUACCUGGUUCAGGACUUCUGUCCCUGCAUGAUGAGCUGGAUUUGGGUGUAGGCCAAGAGAGUCGGUUUCUUUACCCGUGGGAGGGCACCCCUUUGGACCUCCUCUUUGACUGCUCCCCGUCCUGUUCUCCACCAUUGAGCUGCUCCCCCUCCCGAAGCACCCCGUCUCCGCUGCCGUCCUCCCUGCUGUUGUUGCCCGGCGGGUCUCUCCGAUGGAGCGGCGCUGGCUCGCGCUCCCGUUCUCGGUCUAGCUCUGGAUCCCGCGGCUCUUCUUGGCGCCACCGAAGACGCUCGCUGUCCAGCUCACCUGAUAGACACCCUACCUCCUGGUCUCGUCACAGCAAUGACUUCAGCAGUUUUCGUUCCAGAAGCCAAAAGAGCCCCCGGCCUCAGUCUCAGUCUCCUCUCUGUCGCAGGCCAAGGUACGACAGCUACGAGGACUAUCAGCACGACCGACUGAAGAGGGAGGAGUACCGACGGGACUUUGAGAAGCGGGAGUUCGAAAGGGCCGAGCAGAGGGACAGGCAACACCAAAAAGCUAUUGACGAGAGACGGGUGGUGUACGUGAGACGACUCAGGUCCGACUGCACCCGCGCCGAGCUGAAGCACCGCUUUGAGUUCUUUGGCGAGAUUGAGGAAUGUGCCAUCAACUUGAGAGACGAUGGGGACAAUUUUGGCUUCAUCACAUACCGCUACAUGUGUGACGCCCUCACUGCCCUCGACAACGGACACACCUUGCGCCAGUCUGACGAGCCCCGCCUCGAGCUAUGCUUCGGCGGACAAAAGCAGUUGGGCAAAUCCCAUUACACUGACUUGGACUCCCACUCAGACGACUUCGAUCCGGCCUCCACCAAAAGCAAGUAUGACUUGUUGGAUUUCGACAGCUUGCUGCAGGAGGCUCAGGGCAGCCUGAGGAGGACUUUUUCCACAUUGCUCUGUUCGCGUUUGAUUCUGUGAAUGCCAAACAAAAGUUUACAAUUUUUUUUCUUGAAUUUUUUACAAAGUAUUUGAUGUACAAUAAUAAAAAUAAUAGUAAUAUCAUUCACGGUAAUAAUACAAAUGGGGGAAUAUAUAUGCAUAUAUAUAUAUAUAUAUAUAUAUAUAUAUAUAAGCAAUAAUUAUUUUUCAAAAGUGUAUUUUAAGCGCUGAUUUUUAUUUUUAUUUUAUUUAUUUGGUUUCUUAUUCAAGACCACAUUGCUGUUCCCUUUAAAGUCAGGGGUGAGGAAGCUGCUAAGCUUGGGCCAAAUAUGGUACGCUUGUGCAUUUAAGUGGGCCCGUCGUGCAAUUUUAAAAAACGGUCCCAAAAAGUAACAACGCAAAAAAAUUGCAACCAAUGGUAGCUCCUCACCCCUGUUUUAAGACCUUUCAAAGUUGGUCUUGAAAAAAACUUCAAUAUUUCAGAAAGUAAUGAGGCUCCCAUCAGACGUAAGAACGUUAAGAAAAAGAGGAAGAAAACGUUCUUGUGUUGUUUUUGUUGAUAUCUUGUAUAGUGUUUAUGGGUAUCGUGACCCAUUGUGUAGAUUUGGCUUUAAAUAAAUGUAUUAAUAAUAAAUAAAAAAAACCGCUUUGUAAAUGGUGUAGAGUAGCAAUAUCAAGAUUCUAAUUUGUACUAUUGAGAACUUUUGAGGACUAAGUCACUGCUUUGGUGUCCAUGUUUUGUUUGGGAAGGACAAUAUGUUUGUGUGUGUGUGUGUGUGCGUGUGUUGAGAGAUGUGUGUGUUUUAUCCACGUUGCCUUCUGCCAAGUUCUUACCAAUGCCUUUUGUGGUUCUACCUUUUCUUGUUCCACUUUUCUUGUCAAUUUUCAUGUUUUUUUGUUUUUUUUUAAAUGUGCAAUUCUCAUUCGCCUCACAAUGCCAAUAAAGGGAAAAUGUGUUUGAAA